UAUCAAGAUAGAACAUUUUAAGUCAACGGUGAAUUGUUCUGCAAAUUUUUCACAAGUGUUUGUUUUUAAAACGGACGUUUUUCAAAUCGGGCUUACAUGUUCGUUCAAAAUAGGUUGUUUUCUCCACAAUGUUUGCGUAUUUAGUUUGAAAUUCUUGUUAAAAAGGAGGAAAACUUAAAUGUAUUUAUACGUAAAACUGAGCGAGCUUUGGUAAGCCCCGAACAAACCAGCAAACUUAACUUUGACGCAUUACUCAGACCACUUCUAGUACGGGUAAGUAGUAAAAGUUACUAAUUUCGAGGAUUCCCGAACGCCUCACAGACGGCUGUCAUCACUGGAGCGUCAAGAUGGUGAAGUUCGGGCUGCAGUUUAAAGCCAACUUGGAAAAUGUGACAAAUGUAAGGCCGCUGGGAGAAGACUUCCGCUGGUUUCUGAAGCUGAAGUGUGGAAACUGUGGGGAGGUCCCGGAUAAAUGGCAGUAUGUGACUCUAAUGGAGAGCGUUCCACUGAAAGGAGGCAGAGGGAGCGCCAGCAUGGUCCAGAAAUGCAAACUUUGUGCGAGGGAGAAUUCAAUAGAUAUCCUGAGAGACACCAUCACCCCUUAUAAUGCGUCGGACAACGAGAAAUUCAAGACCAUGGUGCAGUUUGAGUGUCGGGGCCUGGAGCCGGUUGACUUCCAACCGCAGGCCGGUUUUGCUGCAGAGGGAGCGGAGACUGGAACGCCGUUUCCUGAAGUCAACCUGCUAGAAAAAGACUGGAAUGACUACGAUGACAAAGCCAAGGAGUCUGUGGGAAUCUAUGAGGUCACACAUCGAUUCAUCAAGUGUUGAUGUUCCUUCACGUUUCUUGGAUUGUGUAAUAGACAUGAACCUUGUGGAUUAUUUUAAUAAAAGUGAAGAUGAUGACUUCA